GGAGACCCUCACGCCAUGUUUGCUGAGUUCUUCAGUAGCCAAAAUCCCUUUCAUACAUUUUUUGGGCAGCACAAUGGGGAGGAAGGCAUGGACAUCGAUGACCUGUUCUCCGGCUUCCCUAUGGGCAUGGGUGGCUUCACCAACAUGAACUUUAGCCGCUCCCGCCCAGCCCAAGAGAGCACCCAAAAGAAACAAGAUCCCCCUCACCAUGACCUUUAGGUCUCACUUGAAGAGAUCUACAGCGGCUGUACCAAGAAGAUGAAAAUCUCUCAUAAGUGGCUGAACCCCGACAGAAAGAGCAUCCACAGUGAAGACAAAAUCUUGACCAUCAAAGUGAAGCAGGGGUGGAAAGAAGGGAACAAAAUCACCUUCCCCAAGGAAGGAGACCAGACUUCCAACAACAUUCCAGCCAAUAUCAUCUUUGUUUUAAAGGACAAGCCACAUAGUAUCUUUAAGAGAGAUGGCUCUGAUGUCAUCAGGAUCAGCCUUUGGGAGGCUCUGUGUGGCUGUACAAUGAAUGUCCUCACUAUGGAUGUCAGGACCAUACCCGUUGUGUUCAAAGAUGUCAUCAGGCCUGGCAUGCAGCAAAAAGUUCCCAGAGAAGCCCACCCUCUCCCCAAAGUGCCCAAGAAACAUGGGGACCUCAUUAUUGAGUUUGAAGUGAUCUUUCCAGAAAGGACUCCCCAGAUGUCAAGAACCAUUCUUGAGCAGGUUCUUCCACUAUAG